AUAGAACAACUAUAGGAUUGGAUUGUUGACUAAGCAAAUAAUCAGAAUCAGCAGAUUUGGAGUCAUAUGGGCACCUGACAAGCAGCCUGUUUUGUUGUAGGAUUGGGUAUAAAAUCCCAAAUCUCAUUAGCUUCUAGCUGCUGGCACCAAGGCUAAUUAAAAGCAAGAAGAAUGGCUUUUCAUUCUAUGCUUCUCGUUUUCUUAGCUGGACUGGUAUUUCUGACUGAAGCUGCCCCACUGGUUUCCCAUGGUUCUAUUGAUUCCAAGUGCCCACUUAUGGUGAAGGUUCUGGAUGCGGUUAGAGGAAGUCCAGCUGCCAAUGUAGCAAUUAAAGUGUUUAAAAAGACUUCAGAUGGAGACUGGCAAGAAUUUGCUGCUGGGAAAACCACAGAAUUUGGGGAAGUCCAUGAGCUCACAUCAGAUGAAAAAUUUGUAGAAGGAAUAUACAGGGUUGAGUUUGACACCAGCUCAUACUGGAAGGCACUUGGCCUUUCCCCAUUCCAUGAAUAUGCUGACGUGGUUUUCACUGCUAAUGAUUCCGGUCACCGUCAUUAUACCAUUGCUGCUCUCUUAAGUCCUUUCUCUUAUUCAACCACUGCUGUUGUCAGUGAUCCACAAGAAUAAAUACGGUGUCAUCAUCCAGAAUAUCCACCACUGAUAGAAUUACUGUAGGAUUUUAGGAGGAGGUGAUUUUCUAUUGAUAAUGACAUGUCUUUUUGCAAUAGUAGUUUUUAGCAUUUUGUAACCUGACUAAAAUCUCAAGCAAGUCAAUAAAUGUUUCCUCUUUAAAACAA